AUGCUCUCCAUGUCGGAAUCAUUACUAGGAUACCAGACUGACCUCGCGUCGCAGUUUGGCUACGACCCGCUGAAGGUUCGGGCGUCAGUGUACAAAUGGAACUCUUGGGCCGCUAUCGUCAUCAAUCCGAAUGCCACCGCACUUCUGCAGCAGGCCGUCGAGACUGGAAAUACUUCCUACGACCCGACCGGUGUCGUGCAGAUCAUUUAUCAGACCUUUGCAAGCCAGUUCAUAGCUCAGUUUGGCCCACGCUGGUGGGCCAUGGUCAUGUCCAAUUCAUCUCUCAUACGGGAUAACUUGGGCUUCGGCGGCGGCGGCAGUCAAUCCGGACAUCUCGCCUCUGAUCCGCUUUGGCUUAUCUUCUGGGUCAUGACCAAUGUCAGCACAUUGUCCUACUCGAUGGAUCUCGCACCUGGGUCCUACCACUGGGGUCGCGCGUAG